AUGGAAAACUUCCAGGGACUGAAGUUCGCGGCGAAGGCGCCGACAGGAAGCAGCGCUUAUGGAAAGGAGGACGGAAUCGAGGUGAAGUUCGAGAGGAAGGAAGACGAGAACUUUGUGUACUCGACGUACGAACAUGUGGAAACGCAAGUGCAGAAGGUGAGCAGUGGCAGUGGUGGAGUAGGUGGUGCAGGGGGACAGGUCACGUUUUCUUGCAACAAGGUAAGCACGAACUACGAAAUCAAGGUAGAAAAAAUGAAGGAUAAAAAACUGGGAGUCCUAUUAGUAGGUAUUGGAGGAAAUAACGCCACUACGCUGUUAGGAGGAAUCUGUGCAAAUGCCAAGAAGCUAACUUACACAAAUAAGUACGACGUGAAGAAGGCCAACUAUUUGGGCAGUGUCUUCCUCUCGUCCAACGUGAGACUAGGGUAUGAUGCAAAGAGUCGAGAGCAUUCGUACUGUCCCAUACACAAGCUAAUCGAGGUAUACAAUCCAGAAAAUAUCACCUUCGGAGGAUGGGAUCUUAACAACCUCAACUUAAAAGAUUGCCUGAUGCGAAAUAAAGUAUUUGAACAGGACUUAGUGGAAAAAAUAAAAGAAGACAUGAAUUACGUUCCAUUAAAGAGUGUCUACUUUAAAGGAAAUUUCAUUGCAGCUAAUCAACAGAAGAGAGUAAACAAUAUCCUUGUGGGAAAUAAUAAGUUAGAAAUUUUAGAGCAAGUAAGAGGACAAAUAUGUAACUUCAAGAAGGCAAAUAAUUUAGACGAAGUAAUUGUCCUGUGGUCUGGAAACACGGAGAAGAAUAUUGCACACAUUGAAGGAGUGAAUGAUACUUAUGAAAAUAUUCUCUUGGCAUGUAAAAAUAAUCACCCUUCUGUUUCUCCAAGCAUUGUGUAUGCCUUGGCAUCUGUUCUGGAGAACUGCCCCUUUAUCAACAGCAGUCCCCAGAAUACUCUCGUCAAUGGUGUAGUACAGCUGGCUGAGCAGAAGGGCAUUUUCAUCGUCGGUAACGAUUUGAAGACGGGCCAAACGAAGAUCAAAAACUUCCUCCUCGACUUUUACUUCGGCACGGGCCUGAAGCCCAAGAGCAUCGUCUCGUACAACCACCUCGGAAACAACGACGGGAAGAACCUCUCCUCAGACCUCCAAUUUUACAGCAAGAAAAUUUCGAAGAGUAACCUCAUCUGCGAUUACGUAAAGGCUAACGAACAUAUGUACGCGGACGAAGAAGAGGAGGCAGCCCUCUCUAGCAAGUUCACCAAGCAGAGUGAAAACUACUGUAAGGGAGACAGUCUGCUGUCCACCUCCACGGAUGUCACAGACUUGGAAGCAGAUUACGCAUAUGCAGAAGCAAUUGAGAAUCAGAAAGUGAAUAGCGAAAUUGUUAUAAAAUAUGUCCCGUACGUAGGAGAUGAUAAAAAAGCUAUCGAUGAGUACAUCAGUGAAAUAUUUAUGAACGGAAAGAACACAAUUUCGUUGUAUAAUGUUUGCCAGGAUUCGCUGUUGGCUUCUCCCAUUUUGAUUGAUUUAAUUCUUUUGGUGGAAUUAUCUCAGAGAGUUUACUUUAAGGGUGGAUCGCUAAGUGCCUCUGCCAUUGUUCCCGGUGCGCAGUCGAACAUAAAGAACCCUAUUAACGUUGGCGGGGAUUAUCAAUUGGCUCACACCAUCUUACAGCCCAAGUACCCAGAGUUUAAAAAAAUGGAGUGUGUUCUCUUCCUGUCGAGUCUUUUCUGUAAAUCUCCUUUCAAUUCAAGUGUCUACAAAACGAGGCACUCGUUCUUUUCCCAGUUGGAGAGUCUCUGCAACUAUGUGCGAAUCAUUUGUGGCCUCCCCGUGGAUGACCACUUAGACCUCCCCUACAUGAUCUGA